AUGGAUAACCAAGACAAUCCAGACGGUGAGCGAAGCUUGCCUUCCAACCAGAAAAGCAGUAACAGCAGCAUCUCUUCUCCUCCUGGUGGUGGACAGCAGCAAGUUUGUGUGGUUUUACAGCCACCUCUACCUUCAUUAACAAACCGGAGCACCUCUCCAACACACUUGGGCUCCUUAGCAGACAACGUACGCCCCAGUUCAGUGCCCAUUAUUCUGGCUCCCAGUCCAGCACUUUCACCAGCAGCCCUUUCCUCGCCUCAGGGGUCUCGAUCCCCGACACCUACGGAUCCAGGCCCUAAGCAGCUAGAAAUGUCAGAGGAAGUUCCAAGGGAAGAUUUGAAGGCUGACCAAUCAAAUGGCGAGUCAGGAAAAUCUUCGAUAUAUGACAUCUAG